CUUGAUGUUCUGCUGCUUGAUGCUAUUCGGUGUAUGUUGAUCUAAACGCUGAUUAAGGGCUUGGAUUGGCUUCAGCAUCAAGCUAACUGCUAAAAGAACUCCAAAAUAAUCUUUCAUUGGCAAUUUCAUUUACUUAGAGUUCUAUUAGUUAUCCUUAAUCGCAUUGUGAACCACAUUUCUAUUUGAAUUUCUCGUCCUUGAACCAUGUUUACUAUUCUGCCGGGUAUUCUGGUUGCUUUGCUCUACCUCGGCGUCUCUCAAGGUGCCAUGCCCUCUGCCACGAAAAGCAAAUACGAAACGUACCUAAAGGAGUUUGACAACCAACGAGGACAAAACCCUGGUAACGCACAAUUCGAAGCCAAUAAAAAAGGCGCCAUUUUGUUUAUGAAGUCCAAGUUUGAAGCUGCUGGUCUGACUGUUCAUCUGCAAAACUUCUCCUCGACUGACACGAACAAUGGGAAGGCAGUAAAUGGUACCAAUUUGAUAGCCGUACUACCAGGACAAGCAUAUAAAACUGCUCAAGAUGAAGUGGUUGUUCUCGCAGCACACGUAGAUACGUAUGGAACUGGUGCUGGAGGGGUGAACAAUGACGGUACCGGACUGGUUGGAUUACUUGCUAUUGCUGAAGAUCUAGCAGGUUCAAAAAAAUGCACCCUAAAGAACAGCAUAAUCUUCGCAGCGUUUGAUCUCUCUGAGACUGGUGGGAGUUAUACGUUCUGCAACAGGAGUUGUGGAAGUGUGGAGUUCCUGAAAAACAAGGCAACUUAUAUUGGCAGCGGGAAAAUAAAGCUAGCCAUGGUGAUGGACUGUAUUGGUAGCUUUGAUAAAAGUGACAAAUCACAAGUUUUUUCGCAAUCAAUGGAGAAAAAUUUUCAUAAUAUCGUCCUUGAGGAAGCACUGACAGACUAUUGGGGUGACUUCCUCGCCAUUACUGGAAGAAGUGAUGAUGGAGUUUAUCUGCAAGAAUUUGAAAGGUUUUACAAAGCCAACAAAGUCCAGCAUGAUUUCAGAGUGCUCGCUUUCCAGUGGAACAUCAAAGGUGUUCCAACUUCCCAGAACCGGUCAAACCUGAUUAGCGGGUUUAAGGGCGGAGAUCACAUGAGUUUCUGGGAUGCUGACAUCAAUACAAUACUGUUGACUGAUACAUGUUACAAUCGUGGCUACAUGAAGGAUACUUGCAAGGAUGAUAAGACUUGUGACACAAUUAGCAAACUGUCUGCAACCCGUUAUGAAUUCAUGUACUCGGCUGUGUAUUCUGCUAUGAGGGUCACCAAGAAUCUGACUUGCACAGGCGCAUGCGCAAUGUGUUCUCCUUAUGCGGACUGCAAGAACAAUACCUGUAUCUGUAGAACUGGUUUUACCGGAAAUGGCGUCACUUGUACGGCAAUCCCGUGCGCUAGUUGCUCACCUUAUGCUGUCUGCCAGAACGAUGUGUGUGUCUGCAAAGCAGGUUAUACCGGAGAUGGCAACACGUGUAAAAAAGUAAAUUCAGGCAGUUCACUCGCUUCACCACAUCAGCUCCUGAUUUCAACCUUUGUACUCCUGUCUUUGGUUGUUCUUCUGAGUAACGCAUUCCUGUACAAAACCGUGUAAUGUCCUUCGCCAUACUGUUGCCAAACCCUGACUCUAUACUGAUAAUAAGGAAUCACUCAUAAUUUAUGGUUGGGGAGGGAGGGGGGGGGAGGUAUGUAGAUUUAAGGGGGAAUACGUAGCCUCCUCCGAAGUUAAUUUUUGCCUUAGCCGUGGAUGGGGUUCCUGUGGAGAUUUCGAAGUCAAAGGAAGUCUGGGCCCGGUUGCAUAAAGCUCUCUUAAGAUAAGAGCAUCCGUAAGUAUUGUUCCAAGCCUACUAAGACAAUACUUACGAGUGUUUUUAAGCUUUUUUUAUAUUAAGAGAGCUUUAUGCAACUGGGCCCUGGACAGGAGACGUGUUUCAACACAGGGAACCCAAAAGGAAAACAGUCAGUCUAAUAGCGAAGGCUGUGAAGUGAGGAGGCUAACUUCGGGGGGUUCGACCUUUCAAUUAACGUUUUUGCACAAGCUAUAGAGGGGCAUAAUGAUUUUAGGUUUGUAAAGAGAAGGAACUAAAAUUCACAUUCCCCCUAACCCCAACAUAUAAAUUAUUAAGUGAUUCUACAAUCUUUUUAAAAUAUAUCCUGCUUUGGUUCAUAAGCCAAUAGAGAAGUUUCACAGGCGCCAGGGCAAAAACAAAAUUAUGUUGGAAAAUAUUGUAUUGUUCCGAGGUUGAGAAAGGAACUGGGUCGAGUUGGCAUUGCUGUUUAUUGUGUGACUGUAGUACGGGACAUAUUCUCAAGUUGAUAUAUAUUCUGUUCCCUAAAACGGGCCAAAAAUGCACUGUAAUGCAAACUCGACCAAGGUUUUUCCUCGACCUCGGAACUGUUUCAAAAUAGAGUUUAAGAUUCUCGUGACGGCAAACGUGAAACAUCAGUUGACCAUUAAAAAAAUCUUUAAAAUUAGUGAAAAGGAAUCGGGAAAAGUCUCCAAGUAGUAGAUAAACAAAAGAAUACUUGUCUCUGUCGAGAAGGUUUGCAAAAGGUAAAGUGAAAUGCAGGAAAACGAUGAAAACGUGGUCAUGUUUGCCGUUUGCGGGAAGGAAAAUCUGGAAUCUUUUAAUCCGAAGCUCCUUGUUUGUGAUUGUUAUCUUGCACACUUAAGGCAUGAUCAUGGUAUGCAUAGCUGAAAACAUACAUCGGUGUACGUACUCGAUGAUCAUGCAUAUUCAGUUGUCGUCUCAUUAAAUUAUUAUUGGUUGUAAAAUUUAAUUUUAAUUUUUCAAAAGACUUGAUUUUUAUCCGGCUAUUGAUAAGACAACUAAUUUUUAUUAAAGGAAUAAUCUUAACCUACUUGAA